AUGACUAUUCGACAACAAUAUGCAAAUGAAGAGCUUGUCCAUAAACUUCGCUCGAUGCUCAAUGAUCUGCCAACACUUCGGACACGUGCUGUGAAGAAAUUGAAACAUUGGCGAGAAGCGGCAAUAAAACGUCUUCUGAUCCGUCAACGUGAAUUAGAAAAAGGGUUGUUAGACAAAUUCGAACGCUUAGAAUUUGACACUCAGUUAUUCGUCGAGAAGAUUGAAAGAAAAAAAGCCAAUCAACAACGACAUUGGCAAACCGAACCAUUAGAUUAUCAUAAUAAAAGUGAAAUCGAUCGCAUAUCAACAAAUCUCCGCUCGAUUCGCGAAGAAUUAGAACAAUCAAAAUAUCUCCUCGCUGGUGCAACUAUUGAUUACGAUACCGAUGAUUUACUCUCCGAGGAAAUUCUGCCUGGUAAAUUAGUCAAUACGUCGAAAUAUGGAGGAAGUCUAUCAUCGAAAGUUGCAACAAACAAAGUUUAUGAAAACAAUGAUCUCGGCUCGGAAUUAAAGCGUGUUUUAGAAAUUUGUACCAGCCCGCAACGUCCAUCAUCGUCGUUAUCCGCUGAUGAGAUGAAGUAUGGAUUUGUCCUACCCAAACCUAAAGUGUUAUUCACAUCGAAGAACAAGAAGACGAAGACAAAGAAAUUCGAUGCACAUCGAACAAAUUUAGGCUCGAAAGUCAAGUUGUCAAAUCUGCAAUCACUUGAUCAUGUUGGAUAUGCGUAUGACAGUAAGUCGAAGCCGUCGACACCGAAACCAAAGCAAGGUUCGCAAACAGACGGUGCUCAUCGUCGACAUUCGCGUACUAUCGCGAAUGUUCCGAUUCAACAAAAACAACAGCAAAAUGUUUCGACGAGUACAAACGAUCAAGCCACGGAGAUCAAUGGAGGAAAUACAAAUCAUAAACUAUUCGCAUUUGAAUCAUUUGAUGAUUCCAUUCGACGAUUUCAACGUUUGAGAGAAAUACGAAAGAAUCUUCGAACCAAAUAUGAUGAUCAUUCACAAUCGCAAUCUGUUGAAUCAACACGGCCAUCCUCUGCUAAUGGUAUUGAUAAUACAGAAUCAAUCUCUAUCACUAAACAAAAACCAGUCAAGAAUUCCAAUCGUCCAUUGUCGAAUGGUGUUCAAACAAUUCCACCUACACCUUUAACUAUUAAAUCAAUAGUCAAUACUAAUAAAAUAGUACCAAGAAAAAAUGGUGAAACUCGUCAGACGGCAAUUGCACGCGAAUCAGUUAACAUUCCGAUUGAACGUAUCCUUCCCGUUACAACUACUCCUCCAGCAACAUCAGAUCCUAAAGUAGUGGAAUUAUACGAUCAAGCGGCAAACAGCGUCCGAACAGAAAGUCCGACAACCAGUAGUACGAUUAGUAACACACGUGACCGCCGAUAUCGAUCAAGGACACUUGACGCACAUCAAAUUCAAGCGGUUGAUAAUCAAAUCUACGGAUGUCCACCUUCAUCGUCGAAAAUUAAACAACAAAAUCAUCAACGAUCCGAAUCGAAUCGACAUCGCAGUCAUCGAUUAUCACUUCGUCGAUCGAGUGAAGAUCCUCUGGAUAAACAAUCUCAACACAAACAUAAUCAUGAACAUCAAAAUGAUCUAAAUGAAACAUGGUUAAACAUUGACCAAGAACAUUGGACUAAUCUAUUAGAAAAUGGUUGGAGACCAACUCUCAACACGCCGGGUGUUACAUCCGUUGCUGUCAAUGAGUUGGCAGAACAUACAACACGCGGGGAUAAAAAAAUGAACGUGAAUGGCAAACCUUUGGAUCUCUAUGAGCAAAUCUCAAAAACUGAAUAUGCAGCUCUCUUUGAUCAACUAGAAUUUGCGUACACGCGUACGAUUAAUUUAGGAAAUGAAUUCUGGCGUUUUUUGGAAAUUGAUGGUGAUCAUCAUUUAUGUCUUUAUCAUCAACUUAACAAACAAUUCAUUAUGUAUAAACCAGAUCUGACACUUUUAUGUUUUCCAUGGCCAUACGAUGGUAUUGUCGAUAUAUCUUGGUCGAAAUCAACACAAAAUUGGAUUGUUGCAACACAGACACAAAUUAUCAUAUGUAAUCGUUCAUUCAGUAAAAUUUUUCAAUCCAUUGAUAUCAAUGGCGAUUGGCCAAAACGUAUUACCUCAUGUCAAUCAUCUAUAUUUCAUACACACAAAAUUCCAGCCAAUUCAAGCAUAUCAUCAUCAUCAUCAUCAUCGAGUUCUUCCUAUUAUCAAUCCUCAACAUGCAAAGAUCGUCCUCAAUUCUUACUCGAACGUUACGAUUACAAAUUGAAAUCACUCGGCAAACAUAUUCUCGAAUCUUCUACCAUCUGGGAUAUCGAAGCGGAUGAUCUAGCCGAACAUUUAGCUAUUCUAUGCGACGUAGCUUUAAUCAUCUUCGAUUAUCAAUUAAAUCUUCUAAAGCAAAUCGAAGUCACUGGAUUUAAAGUAACUACAGAUCACUUCGGCGGUUGGCUGAUCGCGGAUUACAAUGCAUCGUGUUUAUGGCAAAUCAAACGUAAUGAAUAUACAAAAGCGAAUAAAAUUUUACAUGUUGAACGACCGUGGUCGGUUAUAUUGGAUCGCAGCACAUGGACGUUGGUUACUUUAAGUGAAACACAGAAUCGGGCGAAACGUUUGUUGUUCUUCACUAUGAAAAAUGUACCAUCGGCACUUUCGAAUCUUCAUUCUGCUCGAUCACAAUCUCAAUUAUCGGGUUCGGUGUCAUCUUCGAUGUCGAAUUCUUUAACAUAA